AUGUUAUUUUUCCUCUUCUUCCUUACCUUCCAGGUCAUUCUACUUGCGGCUUGGGUCUCUGGUUAUCUAGACCCAUACCAAAAACAUCUCCAAGAGCUCUUGCUCGACUAUAUGGGUGAGACAAAGGUGUCGUAUGGACUGAAAAAAAGUCUAACUGCCAAGAAACUCACCGAGGACCAGAAUCUAAGCAAGAUUCAAGAUCAACUUGGGAAUCAACUGGGUGACAUGUUUGGAAAAGGAGGUCUGGGAGAGGGAAUUGGUUCGGUGUUGAGUAAAGGUCUUUGA